AUGCGUGAUCAUGGCGUGCCUUUUCACGCGAUGCUCCCGCAGCAAGCUCCACUCAACGUGCUCCUAAUCCUAGUCGACGACCUACGACCCGAGAUCCUCGGUUCGCCUGCCCUCACGCCGCACAUUGACCGGCUUGCAAAGUCGUCCACUGUCUUUGAUCGCGCCUACUGCCAGCAAGCAAUUUGCGGGCCGUCUCGCAACUCGUUUCUGAGCGGGCGGCGCCCGCAGCGCACACAAAGCUGGAAUUUCCUCAACCAUUUCCGUGAGGUCGGUCCAAACUGGGUCUCCCUACCGCAGUGGUUCAAGCAGCACAACUACACGGCGCUGGCGACCGGCAAGACGUACCACCCAAACCUGCCACCGCGCUGGGACCAGCCGCUCUCUUGGAGCGCCGACCGGCCAUACGUCUUUGCGGAGAAUGGGUACCCUCCCUGCGACCGGAAGGACUCGCUGCAAAACUCGAUGGUCUGCCCAUCCGCGCACCCGGACUCGUGGUACGCGGACCACUCCGACGCCUCUGCCACGAUAGCGGACCUCGAGUACGCGCUCCGGGCAAAGAAGCGCUUCUUCCUCGUGUAUGGUGCGCACCGGCCUCACCUCCCGUGGAACGUGCCGCAGCGCUUCUGGGAGAUUUACCCGCCCACCGAGUCGGUGAGCGUCGCCGAGCACGAGGCCGGUCCGCGCGGGAUGCCGCCCAUCGCCUUCACGUACGAGGUGGACGGACAGCCGACGCUGCGCUCCUUUGGGGCCGCGGUGCCGGUCCCGUACCCAGACGCGUCGACGGCGCCGCCCGCGAACGUCUCUCGCUCCCUCCGCAAGGGCUACUACGCCGCCGUCUCGUGGACGGACCACCAGGUCGGCCGGCUGCUCGACGCGCUCGACGAGCACGCGGUGGCGGGGGAGACGGUCGUCGCGCUGGCGGGCGACCACGGCUGGGCGUUGGGAGAGCACAACAUCUGGGGCAAGCACUCCAACUUUGAGGUCGCCGCGCGCGUGCCGUUGAUCCUGCGCACGCCGGGGGGGGCGGGGCGGAGGCAGCCAGGUCUGGUCGAGCUCGUCGACCUCUACCCGACCCUCGCAGCGCUCGCCGGCCUGCCCCCGCCGCCCGACGUGGACGGCGCCGACCUGAGCGGCCUCGUGCUCGGAGGCGGCGGCGCGGGCAAGGAGGCGGCCUUCAGCGAGUACCCGCGCUGCCCGCGCCGGCUCGAGGCGCCGUGGGACGACCUCACCUCCUGCACGCGGACGCGCAAGGAGGACUUCCGGGUGAUGGGCUACUCGGUGCGGACCGACGGCUGGCGGCUCACUGCCUGGCUGCGCUGGGACGGGGCGCGGCUCGUGGGCGACUUUUCCCAGCCGCCGGUCGGGGUCGAGCUGUACGCGCACCCGGCCGGAGAGGCGGACAGCGACUUCGACGCGACCGAGAAUGUCAACGUGGCGGACCUGCACCCGGCCGUCGUGCGCCGGCUGAUGGGGCUCGCCGAGGCACACUGGGGCAAGGGGCCGGGUGAGCCGGUUGAGGGGCAGGAGCCGCGAGGGAGGGAGCAGGGUGGUGUGGCGGGUGUGGAGCAGGGCAAAGCGGCGGAUGCAUCCAUGGCGAGAGUCGAGAGCGAUGCCGAACUGCUGAGGAUGCAGUUUGAGGAGUGGAUUCGUGUUUUCUUCAAUUGA